AGCGCUCAUACACAAAGCCUGCGCUUCACUCCGGGCCCGCGUUAACGCUCAUCCGCGGCGGUUUUUAUGAUUCAUAGCAAACACGCACACGCAAAAGUCAUGACCUUUGUCUUCGAGGCGUGCGAGCUGCCCUUCGAUGCUGUCACGGAGGCUUACGCCCGCCACCUCGAUGACCUCCUCCCCACCCACGACCUCACGCACCUACCGCUGUGGGACCGCUGCAUGCUCGCGGCGGUACUGCCGGUGGUCUUACAACGAGGGCAGGCAGUUGUGGGGGUGGACCCGUCGGGGCGGCAAGACGCAUCCAGCAGGAAUAAUGGUAAUAGUAAUAAUAACAGCAGGGAAGAGGCCGAUGCCUGUGCGUCUGCGCACGACGGCGGCGACGUCGCGGAUGCCGCGGCGGAUCAGCAGAUUGCGUCUUCGCAGCGGAAUGCGCUGCGCCGACCGGACUCGCCCUCCGGACUCCCCGCGGCAGCGGCGACGCUUUCGGAUAUUGAAGUUGCGUUGAUCAUCGUACGUCAGCUAGAUGAGCUGGAGGUGGUCCACGACACCAUUGUGAGUACACGCAAAGCCCAGCAAUCUACCGCAGACGAGCUGACUGCUUCUGAUGCUGUCGGUACCCGUCAGCCGCAGAAAACGUCGGAGGAUAUUAUGAUUGAGCAGCUCCUGCAGGAGCGCUUUAGUGAAACGGCGCCUUUCCUUCCCGACAGCGACGACGAAAGCGGCGAGCGGGCGAGUGAAGCGGACGCAAGCGUGGUGGACGUCGCGAUGUGCUUUACAGCCAAUGGGGAGAGUUUGGGGAUUGGGUCGUCUGCCGUGUUUGGUGGCCACGGCUACCAUCCUUGA